AUGCAAAUUGACAUUGGUUAUUAACCAUGGGAAUAGAAUUUCAUACAAAGAAAAAUAAAUCAAACCUUAUUAUUUAAGGUAAACAAGGCAAAGUAACUACGAUAUAUUUUGAUCGAAUUAUUUGUCAUUACAAGAAAACACUAAGCAAAUAUACUAUUAUUGUAAUCUUAUUAAGAGGCUCCUUGCUUUGAAAACAAUUCAUCAAGAAAAUAAAUCAGAUAUGAAAAUGCGGACAUUUAUGGGUAUUUAAUGAGAAUAUAAAAAUAGAAAAUAGUAAUUAAAAAAAUAUCACUAUAUUGUACUAGAUUAAGAAAAUAAGACUGAAUUUAGUUAAUUCUUAGUGAUAUUGACUAAUCAAACUACUAAAUAUAAAUUAAUUAUUUAGAAUUUGUCUUAAAUGCCUUGUCCUAAUAAUUGUAAUAAUAAUGGAAUUUGUAAAGUAUAAAUAUAAUAAAAAAAUAGAAUGGUGUUUGUCUAUGUAAUUCUGGAUAUUUAGAUCAUGAUUGUUCAUAAAAAGGAUUACAAAUUACUCCAUUUUAAUAGUUUCAAUAAAAAAAUGAUAAUGAAAUGCUUGAAUACAUAUAUAUGAGUUUCAAUUAUACUCUUAGUUUCAAUAUGCUUAUUAAAUUUUCUAAAAAAUGGGAGAAUAUAACUGAUGUGAGAGUGCAAAUCUUAAUUUCAUAAAAAUUUAAUUUACCCUCUGAUUCCAAUAAUACUUAUGAUGAUAUUAUAAACGAUAAGAAAAUUGCCAAAUAUAAAAUAAAAUCAAAUAUUAAUCUUAUUGAUAAUGAAUAAAUCAAAAAUUUUACAAACUAAACAUAUUUUUUAUUGAUAAAAAUAAUAUCUAAUAAAAAUGCAAAAUGUUGUAUAUAAAUUGAGUUUGAUGAAUAUGUAGAUGAAGAUGAUGAAAAAUUGAUUAAAUUGUUAGUAAUAUUGAGUAUAGCUGUUAUUAUUUUAUCAUGUUUUGGGAUUAUUGCAUACCGUUGUUUUCGAUAGAAAUCAGAUAAAUAGAAUUAAAAUAGGAUGUAUUCAAAUCCAAUCCAAGAGGAUAUAUAAAAUUAUUAAGAGUGUCCUAUAUGUUUGGAUAAUUUUGAAAUUAAUUAGUUAACACAAUUAGCUAAAUUAGAUUGUAAUCAUAUAUUUCAUAUAUAAUGUUUGACACUUUGGAGAACCUAUUAUACAAAUACUAUUUAUUCAAUUUGUCCUUGUUGUAGAUAAGCUAUGGAGUGA